AUGUGGUCCAAGUUAUUGGCAGUCUCUUUUCUCGUCGGCGGAACCUAUGCUACUCCGCUCGACGCAGGUAUCAAGAGGCGUGCAAACUGUCCUGGUGUCCAUGUUUUUGGUGCACGUGAAACCACUGUCUCCCCAGGCUACGGGUCAUCCAGCACUGUUGUCAACGAGGUGCUAAGCGCUUAUUCUGGAUCGACAGCUGAGGCUAUCAGUUACCCUGCGUGCGGUGGCCAAUCCUCAUGUGGGAGCGUGAGCUAUUCUAGCUCAGUUGCGCAAGGAAUCCAGGCCGUUGCCUCUGCUGUCAAUUCCUUCAAUUUACAGUGCCCUGGUACCAAUUUGGUCCUAGUCGGGUACUCGCAGGGAGGCGAGAUUAUGGACGCUGCUUUGUGUGGUGGGGGUGUUCCCAAUCAAGGAGUUACUGAUACAUCGGUCCGGCUUUCUUCAUCUGCCGUGAACAUGGUCAAGGCUGCUAUUUUUAUGGGAGAUCCCCUUUUCAGGGCAGGUUUAUCAUAUGAUGUUGGAACCUGCAGUGCAGGAGGGUUCGACGAACGUCCCGCGGGAUUCACUUGCCCAUCCGCCAGUAAGAUCCAAUCGUACUGUGAUGCCUCGGACCCGUAUUGCUGCAAUGGCAGCAAUGCAGCAACUCACCAGGGCUAUGGUGCGGAAUAUGGCGCACGGGCUUUGACAUUCAUCAAGAGCAAAAUUUAUAGCUGA